GUACGGUUUGCUGCUUGGCGAAGAACGACGGUUUUUGUGUGGCCAAGAAAUUUUCGCAGAUCUAAUUUUAAUAGUGAAGUAUAUUUUUAGUUUAUUGUUACAACCAAUUAAUUACGUGUGCUAAUAGUUAAUAGUGGUUUUCUACAAAAAGUGUAGUAAAACUUAUAGAGAAGCACAAUCACAUAUAAAUACAAAGUUCGGCGGCGGCGUCUACUGUGUGUGCACAAAUUUUGCAGUCGCUGCCGCGCGUUGGUUUCAUCAAAGCGGCCAUCAACUUCUCCCGACUAACUAAAAAGCACGUGCAACCUAGAAACAACAACAUGGAGAACGGUAAAGGCGGCUUGUCCAUCGAACAGAUGUACCAGAAGAAAUCGCAGUUGGAGCAUAUCUUGUUGCGUCCAGAUUCGUACAUUGGUUCGGUGGAAUUUACAAAGGAGUUAAUGUGGGUACACGAUCCAGAAAAAAAUCGUAUGGUGCAGCGUGAGAUAUCAUUUGUGCCAGGUCUCUAUAAAAUCUUCGAUGAGAUACUCGUUAAUGCGGCUGAUAAUAAGCAACGUGACAAGUCUAUGAAUACGAUUAAAGUCGAUAUCGAUCCUGAGCGGAAUAUAGUAUCCAUUUGGAAUAAUGGACAGGGUAUACCUGUAACUAUGCAUAAGGAAGAGAAUAUGUUUGUGCCCACAAUGAUAUUUGGUCAUCUGCUUACUUCAUCCAAUUACAAUGAUGAUGAGAAAAAAGUUACAGGUGGUAGAAAUGGCUACGGUGCCAAAUUGUGCAACAUUUUCUCGAAUAGUUUCACUGUAGAAACAGCCACAAAGCAGUAUAAAAAGAGCUUCAAGCAAACUUGGGGUAAUAAUAUGGGCAAAGCUGGAGACCCAAUUAUUAAAGACUUCAAUGGCACCGACUAUACACGUAUCACCUUCAGUCCAGAUCUAGCCAAAUUUAAAAUGGAAUCUUUGGAUAAUGAUAUUGUAGCUCUAAUGUCUCGUCGUGCCUACGAUAUAGCCGCUUCCACAAAGGGUGUAUCUGUGUUUUUGAAUGGCACUAAAGUUCCCGUACGUGGAUUUAAAGAGUACAUUGAUUUGUUUGUCAAGAAUACCGAUGACGAUGCUGGACAGCCCAUUAAAGUGGUCUAUGAGGCCUGUGGUGAACGAUGGGAAGUCGCUUGCUGUCCGUCGGAUCGCGGAUUUCAACAGGUGUCGUUUGUUAAUUCGAUAGCAACUACUAAGGGUGGUCGUCACGUCGAUCAUGUGGUUGAUAAUGUCAUCAAACAGCUAAUUGAAGUGCUAAAGAAGAAAAAUAAGAAUGGUAUCAGUAUAAAACCGUUUCAAGUGCGCAAUCAUUUAUGGAUAUUUGUAAACUGCUUAAUCGAGAAUCCCACAUUCGACUCGCAGACCAAAGAGAAUAUGACGCUGCAAGCCAAAAGCUUUGGCUCGAAGUGCACAUUCUCUGAAAAGUUCAUUGCCAAUGUCUCAAAGGCGGGCAUUGUGGAAUCGGUGUUGGCAUGGGCCAAGUUUAAGGCACAGAAUGAUAUUGCUAAAACGGGCGGCAAGAAAUCUCAUAAAAUUAAAGGCAUACCCAAACUAGAAGAUGCCAACGAAGCGGGCACCAAAAACUCUAUCAAUUGUACGCUCAUUCUCACCGAGGGUGACUCAGCCAAAUCUUUGGCUGUCUCCGGCUUAGGUGUUAUUGGACGUAAUUACUACGGCGUCUUUCCACUACGUGGUAAGCUGCUCAAUGUGCGAGAGGCUACAUUCAAGCAGCUGACAGAAAACGCUGAGAUCAAUAAUUUAUGCAAGAUUAUUGGCUUGCAGUAUAAAAAGAAAUAUUUGACCAUUGAUGAUCUGAAGACAUUGCGCUAUGGCAAAGUUAUGAUCAUGACGGAUCAAGAUCAGGACGGCUCUCAUAUAAAAGGCUUACUGAUCAAUUUUAUUCACACCAAUUGGCCGGAAUUGUUGCGCUUGCCCUUCCUCGAAGAGUUUAUAACCCCAAUUGUAAAGGCAACGAAAAAGAACGAAGAGAUUUCAUUUUAUUCACUGCCUGAAUUCGAGGAAUGGAAAAUGGAUACGCCCAAUCACCAUACGUACAAUAUAAAGUACUAUAAGGGUCUCGGUACUUCAACCUCUAAAGAGGCUAAGGAAUAUUUCCAGGACAUGGAACGCCACAGGAUUCUGUUUAAAUAUGAUGGUCAAGUGGAUGAUGAUAACAUUGUAAUGGCUUUUGCUAAGAAGCAUGUGGAAUCGCGUAAAACCUGGCUCACCAAUCACAUGGACGAGGUGAAGCGUCGCAAGCAAUUGGGUCUACCAGAGCGUUAUCUCUACACCAAGGGCACCAAACAUGUCAGCUACUCAGAUUUUAUCAAUCUUGAGCUGGUGCUUUUCUCCAAUGCGGAUAACGAACGGUCCAUUCCUAGUUUAGUAGAUGGCCUGAAACCUGGCCAGCGUAAGGUUAUGUUUACAUGCUUCAAGCGUAACGAUAAGAGGGAGGUAAAAGUGGCUCAGCUAUCCGGUUCAGUAGCCGAAAUGUCGGCCUACCAUCACGGCGAAAUGUCCUUGCAAAUGACCAUUGUGAAUUUGGCACAGAAUUAUGUCGGAUCGAACAAUAUCAAUUUACUGGAACCUCGCGGUCAGUUCGGUACACGUUUAACCGGUGGUAAGGAUUGCGCAAGCGCUCGUUAUAUAUUCACAUUGAUGUCGCCCCUUACACGGCUCAUCUAUCAUCCACUGGAUGAUCCUUUGCUGCAGUAUCAGGUGGAUGACGGUCAGCGAAUCGAACCCUUGUGGUAUAUACCGAUUAUUCCCAUGGUAUUGGUGAAUGGUGCCGAGGGCAUUGGCACUGGUUGGUCUACGAAAAUUGCAAACUACAAUCCACGCGAUUUAAUAACUAAUUUGCGUCGUAUGAUCAAUAAUGAAGAACCAUUGCCAUUGCACCCGUGGUAUAAGAAUUUUACGGGUAGCAUGGAAUAUGUGUCCGAUGGGCGUUACGUGCACUCGGGUAACAUACAAAUCCUUCCUGAUAGUCGCAUUGAGAUCACGGAAUUGCCAAUUGGUGUGUGGACACAAAACUACAAGGAGAACGUACUGGAGGCACUAUCUAACGGCACCGAAAAGGUUAAAGCGAUAAUAUCUGAUUAUCGUGAAUUCCAUACAGAUACAACAGUCCGCUUUGUAAUUAGUUUUGCGCCAGGUGAAUUUGAGCGAUUGCGCCGCGAAGAAGGUGGAUUUCAUCGUGUCUUAAAGUUGAGCUCGUCUAUAUCCACAAAUCAGAUGCACGCGUUUGAUGAAAAUAAUUGUUUGCGUCGCUUUCCAUCGCCCAAAGACAUAUUAUUAGAGUUUUAUAAGCUCCGCUUGGAAUACUAUAAUAGGCGUAAGGAUUAUCUGGUAGGUCAGCUGACAGCCCAAUCAGAUCGGUUAAGCGAUCAGGCACGCUUCAUUUUGGAGAAGUGUGAGAAGAAGCUAGUGAUUGAGAAUAAGCAGCGCAAAAUGAUGAUCGACGAGCUGAUUAAGCGAGGCUAUCGUCCAGAUCCCGUUAAGGAAUGGCAACGACGCAUCAAAAUGGAGGACGUCGAAGCAGCUGACGAUAAUGAUGAAGAGGAGGAAGAUAGUGGAGUUGGCACCAGCAGCAAAAAGAUUAAGAAAGAAGUAGAUCCCGAGAAGGCAUUCCAGAAGUUAACAGAAGUCAAGAAAUUCGAUUAUCUGCUGGGCAUGUCCAUGUGGAUGCUGACCGAGGAGCGAAAGAAUGAGCUGCUCAAACAACGAGAUCUCAAGAUGGCGGAGUUAGAUAAUCUAAUGAAGAAAUCGCCAAGCCAUCUGUGGAUGGAUGAUCUCGACAAUCUCGAACAAAAGCUUACCGAAGUCGAAGAAAAGGAAAGAUUGGAGGAGCAAGGCAUUAAUCUCAAACAAGCGAAGGCCAUGAAGGGUCAAAAGGCGAUAACUGGUCGUGCCAAAAAGGGUGGCAAAUCAUCGGCGGGCAAUGCGGACAUCUUUCCUGAUCCAAUUGGCGAACGCGUCGCAUUUAAAGUUACCGAUGAAAUUAUUAAGAAAUUCCAAGCGGCCACAAAUACUGCCGUCAAGACAAAGGAGCGGAUGACCAAAGUUAAGGCUAUAAAGAAGGAGGAAACAACGGCUGGCAAAGAGGUGGACGAUUUCGAUUUGCUCGUUGAAGGCGGCGCCCCAAAAACGUCGCCCAAGGCCAAAAAAGGACCUGCACCUAAAAAGGAACCUGCCGAGAAGAAAUCGAAAAAGCAGAACGGAGAUGGCCUUAAGCAGAGUAAACUGGACUUUAGCAAGGCUCAGGCCAAGAACCUUGAUAGCUCUGGGGAACUGGUUGAAGAGGUUCAACGUGUUGAACGUCCGGGUCGCCGUGCAGCUAGCAAAAAGGUCAAUUAUUCGUUCCUCAUUUCGGAUGAGGAGGGAGAGGAGCACGAAGACACCAACAACGAUGAUGAUGAUGAUCUGGAUGAUUCACCUAUCAAACGUCCAACAGGCGCUAAACGUCAACGAGAAGAUGACAGCAGUGGAGGCGCAGCCAAGAAGAAGGCUGCAGCCAAAAAGGCACGCGCUCUCGAUAGCGACAGCAGCGACGAUGAUGUUAUUGGUGUGGACGAUGACGAUGAUUCCGAUUUCGAAGCAUAAUUAAAUAUAUAGAUAUAUAUACGUUAAUCCUCUUAAGCAGCAGUUCGCACAUCUACUCGUGGUAUAUUAUUACAAAUAUCUUACCAAAAAGUAAAACAGAGGGACAGAUGGAAAUCGUAUGCAUACAAAUUGUAUUAGGGCAACUAUUUGAAUAAGUAAAGUAAACAAGUAUUUCUGAUAUACCACUGCGAAAAGUUUGAAAGUUUAACAAAAAACAGAAAGCAAACAAAUUAAGGCAGUUUUUAAAUUACAUUGU